AUGGAUCAAUCGUCGCCCAGUUCCCGCCCGCGGACAACCUCUCGCGCUUUCAGUCACAAAUCCGAUCACAGUCGCAGCAGCAAGCAUGAGGUGUUGGCAGACAACCCUGCCGAAAAGCAACGCCGCGAUAGCUUCUGGAAGGGCGGGUCCAAGGCGAACCCAAAUGCUGCUAUCAAUGAAGCCCAGCCUGGAGGUGUCUUUCCCGUGACCCCGGCUGACCCCAACCAAGAUCGCGCCAUGAUGGAGGCAUCGACCCUCGAGUCGCUCCGCCAGGUCCAACAUAAAGACAGUAAUGGUAAUGUAAUCACCGAACCCGACCUUUCGAAUCCCACUCGUCCUCGCUGGGAAAGACCUCUGGAUACCAUUAGAUCGUUUGAAAGAGCUAUUGAUGGUGGUUACAAGCGUCGCUCCGUCAGCAGAUCUGAGAGCUAUACCUACAACAACAACAACAACAAUGACAUGAGCCGUAGAAGCAGCUACUAUGGUGGCAACAACCAGGAGAACGGCUACUACGCAUCGCGCCGCCAGGACGGUUAUUCUGACGUUAGCAUCCCUGGAGGACCUCCCAGCCGCAACCAAUACACAAGACGUAUGAACUCGAGCCGUUCCAACAGCGGGUACGGAUUCUAUCCUCAGCACAGCUACAACGACUCCUACGACACAAACGCCCAACACAGUGACAGUACAGGACCUUGGGGAAACUCGACAGACCCUAGCAGCGAGAACAGCUCUCUGGACCGUGCCAAUGGCGUACCUAGACAGAACGACCCCUAUGGCUACGAUAUGAACAAUGGCGCUCCAAUCAUGGAGGAGUAUGCCAGUGAUUCGGAUGGCGGCUACGGUAUGUCGUACGGCCGCAAGAAUGGUGCCCAGGGUGGAAACCCAGAGGCACGCUCACAAGCACCGCCUGUUCGCGCACCCAUCAAGCUCGGUGGUGCUGAUGGCCCCCUCGCUUCUCAAGGCGGCAGCUUGCCGCCUGCCACGAGACCCACCCCAGCAAAAGAAGAGAAGAAGAAGGGUUUCUUCAAGAAGCGAUUCAGCAAGGGUUAA